AGCGCAGCUGCCGCCGCCCCAUUACUCACCUCCGCGAACCCCUUCCACCGAUUGCCGUACCAGUGCCCUGGGUUACCAGUGCAUGGUGGCAAAGGGCAAAGUGACGGUCCAUUGGAGUGUCAACACCACCUCGGCGCCAGCCAACAACGGAUGCACACCCCGCACACCCACGGAGGUUAAUGCCACGUCGCUCGGCCGGUACGGCACCUUACAUAUGGCCGUACAGGCCAACAUCACUGGUUACGUGGGUAUCGGUUUUCUGGGCCGCUCGCUCCUUCACAUGUUCCCCAGCGACAUCGUCUUCGGGUACAGCAAAAGCUCCAUGCCGUACAUCAAUACCUUUUACGCCAAUGCCGAAGGUCUGAGCGCAACUAAUCAGUAUCCCCCGGCUGGCAGCCCGUCCUGGGCGUACGACAUGGGGGUGGCUCAGAGCUCGUCCAACGGUGUCGUAACCACCACCAUUUGCUUUAGCCGCCGCCUGAGUGAUAGCCGGCCCAGGGUAUCACAGAAUAUCACGACAGAUGGCAGCAAGAACACCACCUUCAUCUGGGCCAUCAGCACGGUGGAUGGCUUCAAGGAGCACUCCUCGGUCAACCGGGGAGGCUUCUACCUGGACCUGGGGCUGGCGGGAAAAGCGAAGCCGCCGCCUCCAUCACCGUUACCGCGACCUUCGACGUCACCAUCACCGUCGCGUUCACCGCCACCACCAUCGCUGCCGCCGCCCCGUCGGUCUCCCCCGCCUGCUCGUUCCACCGACUGCCGUACAAGUACUCUAGGAUACCAGUGCAUGACAACAAAGCUGCGCACUACCCCGAAGUUGCUGCACUCAAUAUCUCCCAGGUGAAUAUCCGCCGGGUGAAUACUCGCUACCGCGCUUUACUUUUCUACAUGAAAAAUGAUGGUUCAACCCACCCACAGGCCACGUCGCUUGGCCAGUACGGCACCCUUCACAUGGCCGUACAGGCUAACAUUACUGGUUACGUGGGUAUCGGUUUUCUGGGCCGCUCGCUCCUUCACAUGUUCCCCAGCGACAUCGUCUUCGGGUACAGCAAAAGCUCCAUGCCGUACAUCAAUACCUUUUACGCCAAUGCCGAAGGUCUGAGUGCAACUAAUCAGUACCCCCCGGCUGGCAGCCCGUCCUGGGCGUACGACAUGGGGGUGGCUCAGAGCUCGUCCAACGGUGUCGUAACCACCACCAUUUGCUUUAGCCGCCGCCUGAGUGAUAGCCGGCCCAGGGUAUCACAGAAUAUCACGACAGAUGGCAGCAAGAACACCACCUUCAUCUGGGCCAUCAGCACGGUUGAUGGCUUCAAGGAGCACUCCUCGGUCAACCGGGGAGGCUUCUACCUGGACCUGGGGCUGGCGGUUCACCGGUUCCCGCCACCAACCCGCCGUCCACCCCCAGCCAAGCGCAAGUAG